AUGGUUUACAAUAAACCAACAAGCGGAGCCAUGAAGAGAUCUGCUUCGGCUCUCGAUGGACCCCCAGGAUGGGGAGACGUUCCUUCCAUGAUGACCAACUCCCGUUCAUCAUUCCGUCCUCCUUAUACUCACUUUGCCAUGAUCUACCUCGACCGUGAUGGCAAGCUCAAUGUUGAGGAAUCACCUUCUAUUCAAGAGCAGAACUCCACUGUGUUCACCGCAGAGGUCCGCCAGAACUUCCUCGAGAUUCUGAGUGAACGCAUCGGCUACCAUGCCCCUCGCCAGAUAAUGGACGUAUCUCCUCGUCGAGUGAGACGUCGCAAGGGCAAUGCUCCUGCUCUUUCUGUUUGUGACAACCGCCUAGCUGAUCAGGACACUGAUAGCGAGGACAUGCCUAACGGGUCUACUGAAAUGGUUCCCCUCCGCAUUGGAGACUCUCAAAAGGUCAUGGCCUACUAUGAAGGUGCCCUCAAGCACUUCCAACAACUGAACUGCCGUAUGGUUGCCAAGGCGUUCAUCAAAUUUAUCGAGCCUCGCAAGCAGGUCCGACACCCUUACAAUGGUGGCAAGGCCCCGCCAGGAUCUGCCCCCGGUACUACCGGUGACCCAGAAAAGACCAAGCCCGAGUGGUGGCCCCCCGGUGUUAUGCACAAGGAGCCUGACCACCUGAGAAAAGAAUACCGCAUUGAGCUCUUGCUUCACAUUAUCCGCAAGCUCGGUGCUUUCGGUAUCACUGCCGAUAAGCUUAAGGAUGUUGCUGGCGACACCAAGCGAAGCUUGAAGCACGUAUCUCAUGUCGAGAUCAUCUACGAGAUCCUCCGGGUCCGCAAGAUGGAGGAGCGGUUCGAACGAGGUGAAGUCGAUGCCAGCAUGGUCGUCUACACCAUGAACCGCGGCCCUAGCCCUAAGAGUGAUGAAGAAGACGAUUCCCCCUCAGUGACCAUUGAGGAGCCUGAGCACCUCAACCAAGGAUUCAUGACCCCCAUCUCAUCAUUCGAGCACACAUCUACCUCCUUAGCCACACCCAUCGACAACAUGCCAUCGGCCCGCUCCCUCCCAGGCAGCUUCUCCAUGACGGAGCCUCUCACCUUCGAAAACCCCGCCCGCCAGGACCGCCCCUACUACGCCACACCUCCCCAAUACAGCGAUUCAUACUCGCAGCCCAUGAUGAGCACCCCCGUGACAUCAGAGAUGAUCAGCCCCCACGACGUCUCAGUCUCGGCCUUCGACUACUCUCAUAACACCUACCAAAACUCCACGCCUGAUCACUCACGCGGGGGAAUGAGCGGCCACUACGAUACCUGGACCCCAUCUUUCCGCCAGAACAUCUUCAGCCCUGUCGACUACACUACACCAGCGACUAGCCAGGGUAUGGCCCAGCCUUCAAUGUCCUACCAGAUGCCCAUGGUCUCGCACAUGCAUGACAUGUCCCACCACCAUGCCCAGCAGGCCCACAUGGACUCCAUGCACCAAAGAUCCCUGCCUUUCCGCACGGGAUCGCUGGGUCACCCACACCCCAACGGGAUGACUCUCUCCCACACUGUCUAA